AUGAACAACGGAAAGGAAAACGCGAGAUGCGGGAGUGGUAUAUGGUUCGGGGAUGACCACCCACAUAACAGAUCCAUAAGAGUCCCCGGAAAUACACAAUCCAAUCAGGUAGGCGAGAUCGCAGCCAUCCUUAUAGGACUACAAAGCGUCAGUCCCCUUACCCCAGUGACCUUCAUAACAGACUCACGAUAUGUUAUCAACGGUCUAACGAACCACCUCCGCAACUGGGAGGAUCGAGGCUGGAUAGACAUAGCGAACAGCGACAUCUUCAGAGCCACAGUAUACCAGCUAAGAAAGAGGUCAGCAACAACGACCUUCAGAUGGAUCAAAGGCCAUAGUAACAACAAAGGAAACGAUGAAGCAGACAAACUCGCCGAGAUAGGCGCCCUCAAAAACGAAUACGACCAUAUGGACAUAAAGAUCCCACCAGAAUUCGACCUACAAGGAACGAAACUCACCCAAAUCACCCAAGCCUUAGCAUACAGACAACUGAUAUCAUCCCCAACCCUCGAAUACAAACACUCAACCCUUGGCCUCCUCGACAUAACACGAUACGCCAUAAAAGAUAUAUCAAACACACUAGAAACAGACCGAUCAAUAUGGAAAGCCAGAAAGAACAAAGACUUAACAAAAAAAUUCCAGAUAUUCACGUAUAAAGCGCUCCACAACGCGUUCAAAGUGGGAGACUUCUGGACCAAUAUUCCCACCUUCGAACACCGUGCAAAAUGUCAGAUAUGUGAAGAAGACACCGAAUCAAUGAGUCACAUACUCACAGAUUGCAACAGCACAGCACGAAAGCUCAUAUGGCGCCUAGCAGAACAAACCUGGCCUACCAACAUCAUCCCAUGGCCGGAUAUAUCGAUAGGAACGAUCCUGGGAUGCGGGGUAAUAUCGAUCCCACACGAACAAAAUAAAGAAGACCCAGAUGAUAAAAAGAAAGCAGAAUCAAAAAGAGGAGCCACAAGGCUACUCCGCAUACUCAUAUCAGAAUCCGCUUACUUAAUAUGGACCAUCAGAUGCACCAAGGUCAUUCAGGGAAUAUCCCUCGACGAAUUAAAUAUAACAAAAAGAUGGACUAAAGCAAUUAACGAUCGCUUACAAAUAGAUAGAAUAAUCGCUAGUAAAAUCAAAAGAAACCAGAAAUACUCCAACCUCAUCAACGCUACAUGGUCAAACAUUAUAUCCCCCGGAAAAUCCCUCCCACAUAAUUGGGUCACAUCACUCGAGGUUUUAGUGGGUAUAACACUACCCAGGCCCCCGCAGACCGAGGUAACCUAG